AUGGAAUUGAGUCUAUACGGUUCGCAGAUUAGCCUGGCAACGCGCGAGAAAUCUAACACAAAUCUUCGAGAACGACCAGGUUCGGCGCUUCAACACUCUAGCCGUCCUUGUUCGGGGGCCAGAUCGUACAUCAGACGUCCGUUGUCCGCGGAUAGUACCCAGUAUCUGUACCGAAAGCGUCCGUCUUCGAGUGGGAGUGGAGUUGAUGGACCACGACAACCUACAUCGCCGUUCCAUCAGCUGCAACAGUCGAAACGCAGCACUUCCUCCUCAAGCCUACUACUGAAGAAUCUCCUUGCAGAACCGAUUCCUCGCUACUGGGAAUCAAAAUCUCUUUCGCGUUCUUUAGCAAACAACUGUGCGGAGCGCGAACGCGUUCAGCUGCGUCGUCACCAAACGCAAUCAACGUUGAAUAGUGGUCGACCUGUGGCAAAAACAAAGUGCCGCAAACGAUCUGGAAGUGGGGGAGGGAAAACGAAAGUACCUUCGAAGACAAAGGGUCAGCGUUUAAGGACGCAACGUGACAGCACCGAAGAGGACGACCGAGACCAGGACGAGGGAGACAGCACCAUGGACGAUAUGGAAGAUACCCAAGAGUCUAACAACGAGGCAGAGCUGGAAGGAAUUUGGCGAGCCAAACCUUCAACUGGCGCUAACCGGGAAGAGAAAAAACGAUCUCUUCCAUUACCAAUGGUCGCCUUGCCGCUUACCCAGAAAGCUAUCGAAAUUACAUCCGGUGGUAAUACAAAAAAGAACAAUGUGUCUCCAGAAAAGCAGCCUCGAAAACUCGACCUACCCGGGAGGGUUUCGUUCAGUUCAAACGACCCAUACGAAAUAGACUAUAGUGAUUUCGAAGAUAACGAGUUUGGUUGCCAAAAAGAAGCACCAUUAAAGCAAGCACACAAGAUGAAAACAACUGUUGGUCCAGAGAAAGGCAAAAAAUCUAUCACUGGCACGGGAGAAAACAUGGGUUCAAUGUACGAUGAACGAAUGUUCCAAGAAAAUUCACUUCUCGAAGAAGUCGCCGUACGAUUCGGAAGCGUGAAGUUCGACGAAGAUAUCGCCACAAGCUCAGGCUACGAAACCAAGUGUGAUGACGGUAAAUCAACCUUGGGAAAGCGGGUUUCCGCUAUAUCGGCAUCACCAUCAUCAGUUUGUGAUGUGCGAGAGUCUAACAAAAUUAUAGAAGACUACAAGAAGGAAAUUGAGGAUCUUAACCGACGGCACGAUAUGGAACUACGAAUGGCCGUUCGAAAUGAGGACGAUGUCACGAUGCCAUCGAAGCAAUAUGAUUCAAAAUGUUUCACUCCAUCCGACACUCCGGAAGAUUUAUUUGCCAACUCGUCUUCCACGAAGGCGAUCGAGAGUACCACUGAUGAUACGGAUAUUGAGCUCGAACGUUCACAAUGCAAGUCGAGUUUAUUUGAGAAAAACGUCAUCAAUGAAUACUAUGAGUGUAUCAACGAGAUUAUCACCGAACAAUCUCCUACGCGGCAAUCCAAGAAUCGAAACGGUCCUCCACUCGUUCGGGACCUCGGUGGAUGUUCCGAUGAAAAAGAGGACACAAUUCAGCACAACUUGAACAACGAAUCUAUCAAAAGCGGACCCAAAGAGAAACAAUUUCCCUCGUCGGUUAUGUCCACUGGUAAAGUAAAAACUGCGAAUGGUGAUAAAAAUCGUCUGGAUGGAAGUUCAAACUCGGUCAUUAAGAACUACUUUAAAGUGAAGGAGCAAAACAUUGUGAACGCAAGUGCUAGUAGUUUGGCUAGCGGAAGUGGCAGCAGUACCACUGGAAGUAAGUCAGGACAUUCAAAAAAUGCGUUGAUAUCGAAGAGAAACAUAAAAGAGAAACCGAAGUCAGCUGAUACUCACAAGUCGAUUCUAAGGAAUGCCAAGAAGCAAAACAACAGCAAUACUGGGGAUAGCUUGAACGGAAGCGCCGGCUCCGGUAAAUUUUCAUCCAGUCUAUGCCGAGAGGAUAGUAACAUAUCCGAGUUUCACAUGGACAAGGUUGUGAGCUGGAUGUCCUGCAACGAGGAUACGUUCCCCGUCGUGGGGGAUGUGCGCGUGUUGGACGACGCUCGAAAAGAUGAACCGCAACGAAAAUGCUCAACUACGGGGGGAUUAUCUACUAUCGACAUUCCCGAUUCUACCGGUCGUCCGCCGGGAUUUGCUGUCAACUUUGAUUCUGUUCCUCGACAGCCCGACGAGGCUGUCAGUAGCACUCAGUCCAACUGUGACGAUGAAUCCCUUAUUAGCAGUAGUGCCAAACAAAAGUCAGAUUUUCAGGCUUUGAAAAACGAAGUUGAGUAUAGAUUGAGCAACAUCCUAGAUUGUAGGGAUUCCCAGGCAAGCUCUGGAUGUGAAGACGAACCCUGCGAUCAGCAGUCAAAAGGAAAGGUAAAGGAUUUGUUCUCGUACCUCGAUCAAGUCGAACUGAAAUGUGAAAAAGGUGUGUACAAAGGUACCGGUGGAUCAUCAGGAGUGAUACCCUCGGAAUCGGACCGCUCCGAGUUGGAGUUUGUAGCCGAACCAGAUUACAUCGAAGCUGUCCCAAAAAUGAACGACCUACUGGAACUUCCACCGCAUCAGCUAGCCCGAAGGGUGAUCAAACUUUCUCUCCGUGCCAACGAGCUUAGCAAUGCAAUGCAGCUUUCAAAAAAUCACAUUGCUACCGUCCGGGCAGACAAGGCUAAGGCAAUACGCACGGAGAAGUGCGCUCUGCAGGGAAAGCUUAAGGACCAGAAGAAACACUACGAGGACAUCAUAGGCCGACAUCAGGAAUUCAUCGACCAGUUGAUCAAGGACAAAUCGGGUCUCUGUGACAAAGUCACACAACUGACGCGUCGCCUGGACUCGCAAAACCAAAGCUGGGAGCACCGGUUAAAGACGGAACUGGAAAGAGCUCGUGACACGGCUCUAGCGGCGGAAAAGAUCCGUCGCGAGAAGUGGAUGCGCGAGAACACGAAGAAAAUUAAGGAGCUAACCGUGAAGGGGCUGGAGCUAGAGAUCAACAAAAUGACGGCAUCCCACCAAAAGGAGAUCGGAGAGUUGAAAAGACAACACAAGGACGAAACGGUGUGCGCAUUGGGGGAGUUGAAGCUGCAAUUCGAGCAGAAAGAAGCUGACAUGCGCCAAGGGCUGAUUAAGGACCGGGAGACUACAGUCGAGCGGGAAAGGCAGGCAUUGCUGGAGCGAUUCGAUAGACAAGUGAACGAAGAACGCAAUAUUUUCGAACAGCAACGGCAACAUUUGUUGAGUGAGUUUGAUCUGGAAAAGGAACGCCUUCAGAAGGAAGCGGCACGUAAAGCGCAGUACGCUGAAACGCAGCUGGAGGAGUUGAAGCGUGAGAACGUGAAAAAUCUAGACUUCGCACAGAAAGAGUACGUGCAGAUGUUGAAACAGCGCGAAACGAAACACCAGGAUGAGUUGGCGAAGUUGCAGAAGCAGUUUGAGUCAGAUUUUGCCAUUUGGAAACGAGAGCACGAACGAAAAUCCAAGACGGAGCUAGAAGAGCGAGAAAAUGAAAUCCGGGCGCAAUGUCGCAUCGAACGGGAUCAACAGAUCGAUCGAAUCGUAGCGAAGGUUGAUGCAGAAACCCAAAAGUAUCAACAAGAAUUCGAUGCCAAAAUGAGUCGUUUGAAAGAAAAACACGAAGCUGAACAGAAGGAAUCGGAGGCUUCCGAAGCGUUACUGAAACAGAAGUACCAAGACGCCCGGGUGAAGCUUGCCGAGAUGGAGGCAACAAUGCAGAACAUGAAAGCCACGGCCAAGCAAACCGACAUCCAGUUGGACCAUGCGAAAAAGCUUUGCGAUGAUUUGUUACGAGAGAAGGAAACGAUGCGCGAAGAGGCUCGCCGCGAGGUGCAAAAGGAUUUAACCAAUAUGCAGCGCGAAAGAGAGCGCGAAAUAGAGCGCAUUUAUUUCAGAGUCCAACAAGCGAUAGAGAAGAAGGAUGCUUCCAUUGCGACAUUGCAGAAGGAUAUCUCGGGUUUGAAGGAGCGUUGCUUAAAACAGGAUGCAAUAAUCCGGCAGCAGCGAAUGGAUUAUUGUACGAAAUAA